AUUCUCCUUUCAGUCAGUAAAGAACAAAAACAAAAUGGAGAUGGGUUGUAUGUGGAUGAGGCGAGUCCGCCUUACAGCUAACUCCCUCUUCCUAGCGAUGGCCUCCUCCUCCUCUUCUUCUUCUCCCGCCACUGCUCUUCCAUAUACUUCCCGUCACCUUCUCUUUUCCUUCCCUUCUUUGAAAUCACCUCAUCUCAUUUCCUUCGCUUCCUCCGAUCGUCGCUCGAUCUCGAUCUCAACCCCCUGUUGCUCCUCUGCAUCCCCACUACUUUCCCUCCACGACAACGAUAAUGUCCCCGAUUUCGGAGGUGGGGAAAGCUUCGAAAAUCUGGAGAAGGUCUCCAAGGUGCUUCUCAAAGGGAUGAAUUAUGCCGAGCUUCAAGAAUGGGUUCAAUCACAUGGAUUCAGGCCUGGUCAGGCUUUGAUGUUGUGGAAGUGUCUCUAUGGAGAUAAUAUUUGGGCACAUAAUAUUGAUGAACUUGAAGGAUUAAACAAAGAUUUUAAGAAAAUGCUAAGUGAGCAUGCUGAAUUUAGGGCCUUGACUCUGCAAGAUAUUCUCACUGCAUCGGACGGCACUAGAAAGAUAUUGUUUGCGCUGGAUGACGGAUUGGUAAUAGAAACAGUUGUGAUACCCUGCGAUAGGGGCAGGACAACUGUUUGCGUUUCAAGUCAAGUGGGCUGUGCCAUGAAUUGCCAAUUCUGCUAUACAGGCAGGAUGGGUUUGAGGAGACAUCUAACUGCAGCUGAGAUAGUAGAACAGGCUGUAUAUGCUAGGCGACUUCUCUCUGGUGAUGUUGGUUCCAUUACAAAUGUUGUAUUCAUGGGAAUGGGAGAGCCACUUCAUAACAUUGAAAACGUCAUAAAAGCUGCUGACAUCAUGGUGCACGAACAGGGCCUUCACUUCAGCCCUCGUAAGGUUACUGUUUCUACAAGUGGACUUGUCCCCCAGCUGAAACGUUUUCUUCAUGAGUCCAAAUGUGCCUUAGCUGUUAGUUUGAAUGCUACAACUGAUGAGGUCAGAAACUGGAUCAUGCCAAUUAAUCGGAAAUAUAAAUUAGGCUUGCUUCUUGAGGCCCUUCGAGAGGAACUAGAGUUCAAACACAACUACAAAGUUCUAUUUGAAUAUGUAAUGCUUGCGGGAGUCAAUGACAGCAUCGAGGACGCAAAGAGGCUAAUUGAUCUUGUGAAGGGCAUUCCUUGCAAAAUCAAUCUUAUCUCAUUCAAUCCUCAUCGUGGGUCCCAGUUUAGACCAAGCAGUGAAGAGAAGAUGAUUGAGUUUCGGAAUGCGUUAGCAAAAGCUGGUUGCACUGUUUUCUUGCGACUCAGUAGGGGUGAUGAUCAGAUGGCUGCUUGUGGUCAGCUUGGUGAACCUGGUGCAAUUCAAGCUCCCCUGCUCCGUGUUCCAGAGCAAUUCCAAAUGGCUCUAAAUACACCUGUGUGAUUUCUUGGAUUAUGAACGAACCGAUUGCUUAAUCUUCAAAGUUGAAGUAGAAAUGACUGGACCGUUAAUCCUCACCCAAGCCUUGGACUAGUGGAGUCGGAAGUAGGCAUGGUUCCUGUUGUAAUUUUCUUAUUCUUCUUCUCCUUGCAUGAUAUCUUAUUUUCUUUUUUAUCCACAUUAAGAUAUUGGAGUAAACUUUGAGAUUACGUGCACAAGGCCAGCGAAUUGCUUCUUAAAGGACAUCACUUCCAUUUAAGAGCCAGUAUUAGUUUGGAUAUAAUGCAACGUGGUUGGAUUGGCUUUAAGUUA